AAACGUAGGGCUGAGGUCGAAGCACCGUAACGAAACCGCCGGCGCCAUAGCAACGCUCAGAUAGCAGUUACGAGGCUACGAAACGAGAAAAAAAAAAUCUAACAAGAAAAGAAAAAAAGAAUACAUAUUUUCCUCCCCGGGCUGAGCUCAUGAGGCACUCCAACAAACUUGUGUACGCUCCCAGAGGACCGUUGAAUCCUGCCGUUAUCGCGGCGAGGCAGAGAAACUUUGGACCUUAACCGCUCGCUCGGCGAAGCCUGGCUCGUCACAGCUAGCAGACAACGCCGAGUCGCCACUUCCUCCCGCCCAGCCAGCAAGUUCCCCGACUCGAAGACAACACGCGGACACGUCCUCGCCCGAUUGCACCGGACAGAGCGCCUCCAUCUUCGUCCGACGUACGCUACUCGGAAAAUAAUCUGGCAGAAGCGGUCUGGUCGUGGGGAGAUUGAAAGAUGACGCACUCCGAGUUCCGGGCGUUCCGCGUCGGCAACAUGACUGCGGUGACGCUGUGCACCAUGUGCCUGGUCGGCGUGGGCCUCCUCCUGCUUAUCUCUGGAGCUGUUGUCACGGGCAUCGUGUACACCGAAGUGCGGCCACCAACGGCCGAUGAGAACUACGACAGGUACCGCGGCGCCGACCUGCGGAGAGUGCUGGGCCCGCUGAUGCUCUGCCUGGGCGGUUUUCUGCUUAUCGGAGGCUGCGUGUUCAUGGCCUUCGGCUACUACUCCAACUACCGAGACGAAGAAUCUGGCUAUUCACAGGCCCACGCGCGCGACUACGACAGCAGCCAGAAUCCCAAAGAUGUCAAAUUGUAUGACCUGCGCGGCUCGUCGAGGGAAGACGCGGAGGCCGGGGCGAGGAUGAUGGAGCGUUGAUCGUCACCUCCAACGUGCAAAACCCACCAACUUGUACAUAUGCCCAGAAAACAUCACAACCGCCUACGCUCUCUCCGUUGGUUUUCGAGUUUACACCGUGAAAACCAGCAAAAGAGAGAGAACAAAGAAAACGAUUGAAGAAUAAAUUUGCGUAGUUAGGAGUCGCGAGGUAACUGUAUAUCUGUUUUCAUCGUUUAAGCAAACUUUUAAUGUCGCCUUUGCCUUUUUCGUUUGUUUAGUGGCCAGGGAAAAGGAUCGCGCUCGUUGCAAAGGCUUUUGUUAAAAUGUCAUUCCCGAAUGCCAGUGUAUCCAUUAUUGCUCUGUAACAACAUAGUCUGACAUCGUGUGUCUUGUGUGCGCGUGUAUAAAUCUCGCGAAGAUUUUUUUUUAUUUUUUAUGAAUGUGUCAUUGUUUGUCGGUUGGGUACUCCUCUAGCGAAUAAAGACAUAUCUGUAUAAAA